AUGGUUAAAUAUAUCCUUACUUAUUUCGAAGUUCGCGGAUAUGCUGAAGCCGCAAGACAAGUCUUCCAUUUGGCGGGUGUUGAAUUCGAAGACCGUCGUGUUACUCAUGAUCAAUGGAAUGCAGAAAUCAAAGAAGGUUAGUUGAAAACAUUGGAAAAUCGGAAAAAUAAACCAAGUGCCCAAACAUUUGAAAUUGUUAAAAAAACAAAAUUAAAUUUGAAAAAAAAAAAGAAAAACGCUGCAGCACUACAGUACCCACUGAACUCGUUGUUUUUUCUAUUUUCAGAUAUUUUUCAAGCACAACCCAAUAAAACCCUAACAAAAUCACCCCAAAAAACAAAAUGCAGAUUUUUUUUUCGAAAAAUUUAUCGAUUUGCAAACAUUAAAUCUUUUAAUCUGGCGGGUAGAUCAAAUAAUUUAUACGUAUUUUUUGGAGUCUACUUUCUCACGAUUUUUUUCCAGGAACAACUCUAGGAAAAUUGCCAAUUCUUCAAGUCGAUGGAUUCGAAAUUCCACAAUCGCAAGCCAUAACUAGAUAUCUUGCUAGAAAAUUUGGAUUCGCUGGAAAAACACCAGAAGAACAAGCCUGGGUUGAUGCAAUCGCGGAUCAGUUCAAAGAUUUUGCUGGACCAUUCAGAGAGUAUAUAGUGGCUGAAAGACUUGGAAAACCAACUGAGGAAGUUGUAAGUUUUCAAAAAGUUUGAGAAUGGAACUAAAUUUCUUGAAAAAAUAGGCUCGAAUCCGCGCUGAAGUUUCCGUCCCGGCUGUUGAAAGCUUUGUUGCUCUUUUGACAAAUAUUCUGUCCAAAUCAAAAUCUGGAUUCCUUGUUGGCGAUAAUGUCACAUUCGCCGAUCUCAUUUUGGCCGAUAUUCUAGUCACUUUGCAGAAAAAUGGAUUCAUCAACAAUGAGUCGAAAUACGAAAAAGUUCUCGAACAUCAAAAACGUGUUCAUAAUCUUCCAGGUUUGAAGAAUUAUAUCGAAACUCGUCCAGACACACAAUUUUAA